AUGCACGACAUUGUCACCACCACCACCACUACCACCACCGCCAUCGCCAUCGCCACCAAGGCAAUGCAGGAGGAGGACGAGGAGGAGGACAGAGAGGACGAGGAGGAGGACGAGUGGGAGGACGAAGAGGAGGGAAAAGAGGACGAGGAGAAGAUUGACGAGGAGCACCAGGAGGAGCUGGACCAGGAGGACUGGGACUGGGACUGGGAGGAGGAUACGGACGAAGAGGAGGUGGGAGGCGUAGAGGACUGGGAGGACUGGGAGGAGGGUGCGGAUGAGGAGAUGUGA